CCAACUGCCGUGCUGCGUCGCUUACUACUCAUUCGACCUGACCUUCUUCCGAUCUCAUCUGCGACUUUCUUCUCUCGUCAGCUUCGUUCAUUCUCUGCUUCAUCUCCACACGAUCGUUGCUGCAUUCCGUGCUCCCUCUCACGGCCGAUCACUUACGCUACUUUCCUACCACCGGCAAUCACAAUGAAGGGAUACCUAAUCGACGAGGACAUUCCCCUCACCUCUCUAGCCAAGAAGCUCUCCACUUCUGCCUCCCCUCCCAAGCCCAAGGACAACGAAGUCAUCGUCGACGUCUAUUCCGCAGCUCUCAACUUCUUCGACGUGCUUCAAGUAGCCGGCAAAUACCAAAUCAAGAAGCCCUUUCCUUACGUCCCCGGAACGGAAAUUGCAGGCGUGGUAGCGAAAGACUCGCCUAUUCCAGAAGGGUGCGACCUUAAGCCUGGAGAUCGAGUAUUUGGUGCAGCCAAUGGAAGUUAUGCGGAGCAGGUGUGUGCGGAUUUCCUACAGCUCAUGCCGGUGCCGACGGGAAUGAGCAUGGAUGAAGCCUCGAGCCUGUUUAUCACCUAUCCUACCUCGUACGCCGCACUCGUCUUCCGAGCUAAUGUACAAGAGGGCGAGACGGUCCUUGUGCAUGCUGGAGCUGGAGGUGUGGGAUUGGCAGCCAUACAGAUUGCUAAAGCACUGGGAGCUCAUGUCAUUGCAACGGCGGGUUCCGAAGAGAAGUUGAAGGUGUGCAAGGAGGUGGGAGGAGCGGAUGAGGUGAUCAAUUAUCGAGAUGACAAGUGGCCUCAGAAGGUGAAAGAGAUGACCGGAGGAAACGGUGUCGACGUCGUCUACGACCCCGUCGGUCUCCUCAUCCCCUCUCUCAAAUGUGCCGCUUGGAACUCUCGUCUAGUAGUCGUAGGUUUCGCAGCAGGCAACAUUGAAAAAGUUCCCGCCAACUUGGUCCUUCUCAAGAAUUGCUCCAUUACGGGAGUCUUCUGGGGUGCCUAUAGUAAGAAUGAGGUCGAUAAGAUUCCAGAGUGCUGGAAUGCCCUCUUGGAAAUGUUUGAACAAAAGAGGAUUAAGCCGACGGUUUUCAGUAGGGUGUACAAGGGGUUGGAGGAACUGCCACAGGGUCUGAUGGAUUUGAGUGAGAGGAAGACGUGGGGAAAGGCAGUGGUGAGGAUCAGGGAGGAUACGGCCAAGUAAGAGCCUCCCUCUGAGCGAUGCAGGCAAUUUCUUCGGGAGGCCCCCCUGUAGGUCUCAAUCUAAUAUUAUUCGCAGCUCAAAACAGAUCACUGCUCUAUGGGCUUCCACCUCCCUGCAGCUUCUUCAUCCUCUCCUCUGCCGCCCUCGCCCUCUUCUCCCUCUCGAUUCUAGCCCUCAUCUCAGGCGAAACACCCUCCAUCUUAUCCCUCGCGUCUUUAGCAGCCCUCGAGGCCGCCGUACCCUGAUUCGCAUUCCCUCCUCCAAGUCGAUUCUUCGUCGCACUACUAGCAGGCGCAGAGACCACUGCUGCAGGAGCCGGAGCAGCAGUGGCUUGCUGAGACUCCUUCUCCCUCUCUCUCUCCUCGCGCUCCCGCUCUCGAGCCCUCGCCUUCUCCCUCAGUCCAGCCUUUCGUCUACUCUGGUUCUCCUCCAUCUCUCCCGUAAGAGCACUAUCUACCA